AGGACCUCACCAGCCUCUUAUCUUCAUUCAUUCCUCCUCUCACAUUUCUCCUUUCAUUUGUUCUCAGCUAUACUAUGGAGUCCGAGAUCGCGUAUGACUUCCCUCCGAUGGCUCGGAUAUACAAGGAUGGCAGGGUUGAGAGGCUGAUGGGUACUGCCACGGUGCCCGCCUCCCUCGACGAGAAGACUGGGGUCAAUUCCAAGGACAUCGUGAUAUCGCCCGAGUCAGGCUUAUCUGCCCGUCUCUACAUCCCGAAGCUCCCUGGCUCCACUGGUGUUCCUCGGAAGCUCUCUUUACUGGUCUACUUCCACGGGGGAGGCUUCAUAAUCGAGUCCACCCAGUCCCCAGCCUACCACAACUACCUCAAUGCCCUUGUCUCUGAGGCUGAGGUAGUUGUUGUGUCGGUCGAAUAUAGAAGAGCCCCUGAGCGCCCUCUCCCGGUGGCUUACGAUGACUGCUGGGCAGCCCUGGGAUGGGUUGGAUUCCAUGCCAAGGGGCAGGGCCCGGAGGAGUGGCUCAAUCUCUUUGCUGACCUUGAUAGGGUGUUCCUGUCGGGUGAUAGUGCCGGUGCUAACAUAGCCCACAACAUCGCAGUGAGGCACGGUGCAGAAAAGAUUGAUGGAAUUGGGCUCUCGGGGAUCAUUCUGGUGCAUCCAUUCUUCUGGGGGACUGAGCCUGUGGGUUCAGAGUCGAGCGAGGCCGAGGUGAGGGACCGUGUGGCCGCCAUAUGGAAGUUCGUGAGCCCAGGAUCCGUGGAUGGGGUGGAUGACCCACUAAUGAACCCGGGCAAGGACCCGAAGCUGUCAGGGCUGGGGUGUUCUCGGGUUCUGGUGUGGGUGGCGGAGCAGGACUUCCUGAAGGACCGGGGUUGGUAUUACGGUGAGGUGCUGAGGAAGAGCGGGUGGGGAGGAGAGGUGGAGGUAGUGGAGACGAAGGGGGAGAACCAUGUGUUCCACCUCUUCUACCCGACCUGCGACAAUGCCGUCGACAUGAUGAAGAGAGUGGUUGCUUUCCUGGACGAGGACAAGAAGUAGAAGGAUCUGCUUAUGACAUGACAGUAUACUUCUGAUCUGCUUAUGAUAUAUUUUCCGGAAUAAUCACAAAAACCUGGGAACAACUGCUUUUUUUUUUUUUUUGCUGAAUGAACAACUGUUGUUGUUGAUGCUGGAGUUGUGUGUAAUUGUCUCAAUUUUUGGGCUGAUC